CAGCACUGACAGCAGAAAGCCCAAUGUGGAGCUCGAACCCACAAAUCAUGAGAUUAUGACCUGAGCUGAAGUUGACGCUUAAAAACGACUGAGCCACCCAGGUGCCCCAGGCUGAGUGAGCCUGUAACAAGUGCCAUUUGUAGAGGGCUUACAGUGUGCCAGGGAUUCCUUUAAGUGCUUAUGUCGGUUGCCUUAUUUAAGCCCCCACAACUGCACGAGUAGGGCAUUAACAUGGUGACCCCACUUUACAGAUGAGGAAACUGAGGCCCAGUUAGGAACUUGCCCCAGCUCACAUGACUGGAGCUUGACCCAGGCCUCUGGAGCCUGUGGUUGUCCCCACGACACCACCAUGCUCUCCAGGGAGAAAGUUCGUGAAAACAGAGGACAUAGUGUGAAAAGUGUCAUCAUUUCAGGAACAGGCCCCGACUGCCCUGUUACCACUUUCUCUGGGGUUUUGGCCUCCUUUUUCCUCCCUUGCUCUGUGGCUGUGGUGUUGGUGUUGCAUCUAGAAACCAUUGCCUAAUCCGUGGUCACAAAGAUUAAUUCAUGUGUUGUCUUCUGAGCGUUUUAUAGAUUGAGCUCUUGCGUUUAGAUCUAGGAUCCAUUUUGAGGUGAGUUUUGCAUGUGGUGUGAGGUAGGGGUUCACCUUCAUUCUUUCUCGCACGGGUGUCCAGUUGUUGAAAAGACUGUUCUUUCCUCUUCGAAUGGUCUUGCAGCUCCUGGAAAAUCAGCUGGCUUUACAAGUGCAGAUUUAUUUCCAGGGGCGGCUGGGUGGCUCAGUCGGUUGAGUGUCCGACUCCCGACGGCUCAGGUCAUGAUCUCGCGCUUUAUGCGAUCAAGCCCCCAUCGGGCUCUGGGCUGACCGCCUGGAGCCUGCUUUGGAUCCUCUGUCCCCCUCUCUCUCUGCCCCUCCCCUGCUCACGCUCGAGCGCUCUCUCUCUUUUGCACAAGAAAUAAACAAUUAAGACACAAGUGUGGAUUUAUUUCUGGACUGUCGAUCUCUUGUGUCGAUUUCUGUGUCCGUCCUCGUGCUGGUGCCACACUGUCUAGUUUACUGUAAGUUUUGUCAUCCUGAGUCGUGUCUGCUGUUGGGGGUGGGCACCAAGGAAGGUAAUGUGGUUCUUACGUCUCCACGUAACGAGACCAGACCCUUCUUCGUCGGGAUCCACACAGCCUGGGGCGCCCGCCACGUCCCUGACUGAGCCCUCACGACGUUCCACAGUUGGGUUUCAGUGUCCCUCAGGAUACGGAGGGUUUGGCGCGAGGCUGUGAGUAAGAGGGUCUUUGGCCAGUAUGGGAAGAUCGAUGAGACGUGUCGCUUCCUGGCCUCUUGCAGACAGGAAGGAUCUGAAACUUGGGUUCGGCAGGCUGGGUCUUCCGUGGGUCCCGAAACUAGAUUGCACUGUGGCGUCAGCUUGCUUUUCUUCGCUUAUCGGUCUGGAUCUUUUUACAGCCGCUCUCUUCUAUCAGCUAAAACCUGCUGUGCAGCGAGCUUCAGAGGACAGAGGUAAAGGUUGGCUUUUUUUUUUUUUUUUUUUGAGUUUUUAUUUGGAAACAAUUUUAGAUGGAUUGAAAUGUUACAAAGACAGCCUCUGAGAGUUCUCGGGUACUUUUCAGCCACCUCCCCGCAGCUAGCAUGGAACGUAAGUGCAGAGGAACCCAAACGACGCAGGCAGCGCAGAGCAAGAGUAUUUACCAAACCACAGCCUUUAUUUGGAUUCCGCCAGCUGUCACACGCGUGUCCCCGUUCUGCCCCAGAGCCCCACCUGGGACCCUGUGUUGCGUUUAGCCAUCACACCUCCGGCUCUUUGGGGCUGGGACCGUUUCCGUCUUUGCUGAUCUCUUGUGACCUCGAUGCUUUUGGAGAACGCUGGUCGGGGAUCCUGCGGGACGUCCCUCAACUUGCCUCGUGCCCGGUGUUCUCUGGGGUUCGGAUGCAGGUCACGCGGUGUGGGACGGGCUGAGCUCUCUCUGCCGCCAGCCGCUGUGUCUCUUUGCCGGUGGGUGACGUCAGCCCCCAUCCCGCGGUUACGGUGGUGCCGCCGCCGGGGAGUGUGCGGGGAAAGGUGCCGCUUUUCCCUUCGGGACUUGGAGACUGUGCAGAUGCCUUCUUUCCUCUCACACCUGUGCCCGUCCGUCGCAGCACCUGCUGGGCAUCUCCCUGCGCUGGUUUUUCCUGUGACUCUGGCUGCUUCUCCAUCUGUGAAUUGGAAUUCUUUGGUGGAAGAGGGCGGCCGCUUCCGCCUCAUUUAUGGAACCAUCACCCUUGCCGGGACCUGAUAGAAACCCCUGCCAGCUACGGGGCGCCUGUCCUCCGCGGCCUUGGCUCUCCAGUACGACCGGGACUCUGAAGUGUGACGGUCCCUCGGCUGCAGCCAUGGGGUCUGAGGAUCACGGGGCCCAGAACCCGAGCUGUAAAAUCAUGACGUUCCGCCCGACCAUGGAAGAAUUCAAGGACUUCAACAAAUACGUGGCCUACAUCGAGUCCCAGGGAGCCCACCGGGCGGGCCUGGCCAAGAUCAUCCCCCCAAAGGAGUGGAAGCCGAGGCAGACGUACGAUGACAUCGACGACGUGGUCAUCCCGGCCCCCAUCCAGCAGGUGGUGACGGGCCAGUCGGGCCUCUUCACACAGUACAACAUCCAGAAGAAGGCCAUGACGGUCGGGGAGUACCGCCGCCUGGCCAACAGCGAGAAGUAUUGCACCCCGCGGCACCAGGACUUCGACGAUCUGGAGCGCAAGUACUGGAAGAACCUCACCUUCGUCUCCCCCAUCUACGGGGCCGACAUCAGCGGCUCCCUGUACGAUGACGACGUGGCCCAGUGGAACAUCGGGAGCCUGCGGACCAUCCUGGACAUGGUGGAGCGCGAGUGCGGCACCAUCAUCGAGGGCGUCAACACCCCCUACCUGUACUUCGGCAUGUGGAAGACCACCUUCGCCUGGCACACGGAGGACAUGGACCUUUACAGCAUCAACUACCUGCACUUCGGGGAGCCCAAGUCCUGGUACGCCAUCCCACCGGAGCACGGCAAGCGCCUGGAGCGGCUGGCCAUCGGGUUCUUCCCCGGGAGCUCCCAGGGCUGUGACGCCUUCCUGCGGCACAAGAUGACCCUCAUCUCGCCCAUCAUCCUCAAGAAGUACGGGAUCCCGUUCAGCCGGAUCACGCAGGAGGCCGGGGAGUUCAUGAUCACGUUCCCCUACGGCUACCACGCCGGGUUCAAUCACGGGUUCAACUGCGCGGAAUCCACCAACUUCGCCACCCUGCGGUGGAUCGAUUACGGCAAGGUGGCCACUCAGUGCACGUGCCGGAAGGACAUGGUCAAGAUCUCCAUGGACGUCUUCGUGCGCAUCCUGCAGCCGGAGCGGUACGAGCUGUGGAAGCAAGGCAAGGACCUCACGGUGCUGGACCACACCCGGCCCACAGCCCUGAGCAGCCCCGAGCUGAGCACCUGGAGCGCCUCCCGGGCCUCACUCAAGGCCAAGCUCCUGCGCAGACAAAUUAGUCUGAAAGAAAACAGACACUGGAGAAAGACUGAGGAGGACAGAAAGGCCAGUCUAGAAAGGAAGAAAGAGCAGACCAGGAGGCCGGGGCCGCCGUCCCACCGGAAACGGAGCCAGCCCAAGAAGCCCAAGCCGGAAGACCCCAAGUCCCCAGGGGAGGGGGCCGCCGGGGCCGCCCUCCUGGAGGAGGCUGGCGGCUUGAAGGAGGAGACCUCACAGGAGGCCGACCCCGAGGAGGAAGAGGAGGAGCCCCAGCCGACGCCACCGCAGGGCCGGGAGGCCGAGGCCGCAGAAGAAGACGGAAGGGGCAAGCUGCGGCCAGCCAAGGCCAAGAGCGACAGGAAGAAAAAGAGCUAUGGUCCCCUGCACCCCCACCACGCCCUCUUGCCCCAGCUGCCGCCGCCCCCACCCGCCCAGUUCCCCGCCGAGGAGGCACCCAGGCUGCCACCCCUGCUGGAGUCCCCAGCGCUGGCCCCGGGCCCCGCGCCAGCCGAGGAGAACCCCCCCCCACCGCCUCUCAACGUCGUGCCCCCCGAGGCACCUGGCGAGGAGCCAGAGGUGAAGCCACGCCCCAUCAUCCCCAUGCUGUAUGUGAUGCCGCGGCCCAGCACGCUGUGUGACAAGGGCCGCGUGUCCUGCCAGCAGGCCUUUGAGCACUUUGCCCAGAGGGGCCCCACCUGGAAGGAACAGGCGGCCCCCAUGGAGCUGACGGGUCCCGAGGAGGAUAGCAGAGCCGGCGAGGUGCAGGCACCGUCCACAUUUUCCAAAUUGAAGAUGGAAAUCAAGAAAAGCAGACGCCACCCCCUGGGCAAGCCACCCACCCGCUCCCCGCUGACCGUGGUCAAGCAGGAGGCCUCGAGUGACGAGGAAGCCUUCCCUUUCUCCGGGGAGGAGGACAUGAGUGGCCCCGAGGCCUUGAGGUCUUUGCUCUCCCUGCAGUGGAAGAACAAGGCUGCCGGUUUCCAGGCCGAGAGGAAGUUCAACGCGGCGGCCGCCCUGACCGAGCCCUACUGUGCCAUCUGCACUCUCUUCUACCCUUACACCCAGUCCCUACAGACCGAGAAGGAGGCUCCCCAGGCCUCUCUCGGGGAGGGUCCCUCGGUGGCUCCCCCUUCCAAAAGUGGCCAGAAGACACGGCCGUUGAUCCCCGAGAUGUGCUUCACGUCCGGCGGUGAGAACACGGAGCCCCUUCCCGCCAACUCCUACAUCGGCGACGACGGGACCAGCCUGCUGAUCGCCUGCGCCAAGUGCUGCCUGCAGGUUCAUGCCAGUUGCUACGGCAUCCGCCCCGAGCUGGUCAACGAGGGCUGGACGUGUUCCCGGUGCACGGCCCACGCCUGGACUGCGGAGUGCUGCCUUUGUAACCUCCGGGGCGGAGCCCUGCAGAUGACCACCGACCGCAGGUGGAUCCACGUGGUCUGUGCCAUCGCGGUCCCCGAAGUGCGCUUCCUGAACGUGAUGGAGCGCCACCCUGUGGACGUCAGCGCCAUCCCCGAGCAGCGGUGGAAGCUGAAGUGCGUGUACUGCCGGAAGCGGAUGAGGAAGGUAUCAGGAGCCUGCAUCCAGUGCUCCUGUGAGCACUGUUCCACCUCCUUCCACGUGACCUGCGCCCACGCCGCCGGGGUCCUCAUGGAGCCUGACGACUGGCCCUACGUUGUCUCCAUCACCUGCUUCAAGCACAAGUCAGGGGGCCACACCGUCCAGUUCCUGAGGGCCGUGUCCUUGGGCCAGAUGGUCAUCACCAAGAACCGCAACGGGCUCUAUUACCGCUGCCGGGUCAUCGGCACCAGCACGCAGACCUUCUACGAAGUCAACUUCGACGACGGGUCCUACAGCGACAACCUGUACCCGGAGAGCAUUACCAGUAGGGACUGUGUCCGGCUGGGACCCCCACCCGAGGGGGAGUUUGUGGAGCUUCGGUGGGCGGAUGGCAACAUGUACAAGGCCAGGUUCAUUUCCUCCGUGACGAGCCACGUCUAUCAGGUGGAGUUCGAGGACGGGUCCCAGCUGAUGGUGAAGCGCGGGGACAUCUUCACCCUGGACGAGGAGCUCCCCAAGAGGGUCCGGUCGCGGCUGUCGCUCAGCACGGGGGCACCUCAGGAGAACACCUUCUCGGGAGAGGAGGUGAAGGCCGCCAAGCGCCCGCGGGUGGGCACCCCACGCGCCCCCGAGGACUCAGGACGGAACCCGGACUACCUAGCGUUCAUGGAGAGCCUCUUGCGGGCGCAGUGCCGGCCCGGGGCCCCCUUCUAGGACAGCCGGCCGCCCGGCGACCCCUCGGCCCAGCAAGGCAGGCGGCGGCCGGCCCUGGCGUUUGCUUGCUGUGAAUUCCUGUCCUCGCCUCCCCGGCCCCCGAGAGGCUACCUCUGCGCUGCCGCCCCCGCUCUGCGGCGACAGGAGCCAGCAGGACGCCGGCACGCGGCCCCCGGACUCAGGGAGCAGGGCCACGCGGGCUCUGGGGGGGCCGGCCGGGGACUCGCGCCACCCCCACGACUCAGAUUCGUAAACCAUGUAAGCUCUUCUCGAAAAGGUGCUACUGCUUUGCCUGCCUCCUGAGCAGCCUUGGAGGUUGUGACUUCUGUACAUACGUGACCUUUGUGAGGCUCUUUCUAGAAAUACCUGUUGUUUAAAAAAACACGAGGAAAAAAAGGAAAACAAAGAAAAGGAAAAAAAAUCCCCAAAGUUGUUUUCUAGAUUUGUGGCUUUAAACACGAAACAAAACAAAACACAAACGUUCUUUUUUUUCCAGAACCAAGAUACGCUGAGGGAGAUAAAAGCAUCUCGGGUUUUUUGUUGGCUUGUUGGUUUGUUGGUCAUUGUUUUAAAACCUCGCUUGUCUGCGCACCAGCGGCAGGGAGGUGCCCCGCAUGCGGGGAGGCCCGGUGGCACCUGGGAGGCCAGGCAGGGUGCCGGUGACAGGGUGACGGGCGUCGGCCCGUCCCUCCUCUCUCCGGGACUUGGCGAAGGUCUGGGCGGCUGGCCCUGCCUGCUCCCUCUGGGGGCGACCACCAGCUGCAGGGGUCACAGAGCCCCCUUCCGGUCCACGCGCGCCUUCACGAAAUAAACACGCUCUCUCCUGGUUUGUUCCCUCUCCUGCUUCUUCCCCUCGUGACUGCACUGCCGGCCGGGGGCCUCCGCUGUUUGCAAAAGGCUCCGUGUCCCCAGAGCGUCCCCCUCCCGGCCGUGUGCGUGGCCGGGCGUCUGUUCACCGACAAGCGUGGGUGACAUCCGUGGCUAUCUGGGGAGGGAGGAUGUGAAACCAGCCAGCUCUCCUCCCCCGGCCCCCACCCCGUGGCCCCAGGCCCUGGCCGCCGCCCCACCGGCGCAGGGGUGCCUGCCUUGGACCCCGAGGGGCCAAUGGCGUCCGCGUCUUGCUUGGGAGACGUGGGUCUGUGCGUCUGGGGGACGCUGAUGUCAGCACGGAGGAACCGGGGUUUCCGAGGCGUGCUUGUGAGGGGCUUUGGGCCCCCGCCCACCUGCCCCCGGGAGCCUCGCCCACCGCGGCGGCCCCUGCCGUCCUGCCCAGGGAUUGCCGGCAGAAUCUGCUCGUGUAAAAAAAAAAAAAAAAAUUAAAAA